AUGCCGAGCCCCAUCAAACCAGAAGUAUUCCAGUAUUAUGGUCUCUACACCGGCCUGACCCCCCUGUACCUCUCAGAGAUAUCCUCCUCCGACAUCCGGGGAGCUCUGGGAGUCCUUCACCCUCCUCCCCCCUUCCCCCCCUCUCUCCUUCUCUCUUUCCUACUCUAUUCAUUCACUCACCCAUCCUCUACACCUCCUUCCACAGGUCUUUACACCGGCCUGACCCCUCUGUACCUCUCAGAGAUCGCCUCCUCUGACAUCCGCGGAGCUCUGGGAGUCCUUCACCAGCUGGGUGUGGUACUGGGCAUACUUCUGUCCCAGGUGCUGGGCUUCCAGGAACUGUUGGGCAACGCAAGUUCAUGGGAGGUCUUGAUGGGUUUGCCAAUCCUCCCCUGUCUGCUUCAGUUACUGAUCCUACCGUUUUGCCCCGAGAGUCCCAGAUUUUUGCUCAUCACCAAGCAACGGGAAACCCAAGCAGUAGAAGCUCUGAAGAGCCUCCGAGGUACAGCUGAUGUCAAGGAUGAUAUAGAGGAGAUGAGGAAAGAAGCCCGCACUCAGGAGAGGGAGGAAAAGGUGACCCUCCUGCGGCUGUUCCAGAGACGUAGCUUCCGCAUGCCGCUCAUCAUCAGCAUCAUGAUGCAGCUGUCUCAGCAGCUCUCAGGAAUCUGUGGGAUCUUUUACUACUCGUCCAAACUGUUCAAGUGGGCGGGGCUGAGCGAGGAGACGGCCACUCAUGCCACCAGCGGGGUGGGCGGAGUCAUGGUGGUCAUGACUGUCAUCACCAUUCCCUUGAUGGACAGGGCCGGGAGGCGGAGCUUGCACCUCAUUGGUCUAGGGGGGAUGUUUGUCUUCAGCAUAUUCAUCACGGUGUCUCUAGUCUUGCGGGACAAAGUGGAAUGGUUCAACGGGCUCAGUAUAGCCGUCUCCCUCAUCUAUGUGGCUUUCUUUGCCCUAGGUCCAGGCUCCAUCCCAUGGCUGAUCGUGGCGGAGUUGUUCAGCCAGGGAGCUCGACCGGCGGCCAUGUCUGUCGCGGUUCUCGUGAACUGGGUGGCGAACUUUAUCGUUGGGUACAGCUUUCCUCACAUGCAGAAUGGCCUGGGAGACUACGCCUUCCUUCCUUUCACGGGCCUCCUCUUGGUGUUCUGGGCCUUCACCUUCUGGUUUGUUCCGGAAACCAAAGGAAAAACGUUUGAAGAGGUCACCGCCCUCUGGCAGGAGGGGGGCCAGAGGGAUUCGAACUCGGGCUCCCCGAAGGAACACUCUCAUCUGGUGCCGUAGUGUUCAGGA